AUGGAUAACAUGACACUAGUGACCGAGUUCAUCCUGUUUGGGGUGUCAGACACACAGGAGCUCCACAGCUUCCUCUUUGGCUUAUUCCUCCUCCUUUACUUGACCAAUGUCUCAGGGAACCUGGCUGUGGCUUCCAUAACUCUGUGGGACUCCCAUCUAUGCACCCCCAUGUACUUCUUUGUUGGCAACCUCUCUUUCAUUGACAUCUUCUAUUCCUCCACCACGGUGCCUAAGAUGUUUGUGGGGCUGGUAUGGGGUGGCACUGGUGGGAGCCCCAUAUCCUGGCGGGGCUGCAUCACUCAAAUGUUCUUCUUCUACUUCCUGGGCAGCACUGAGGCCAUGCUUCUCACUGUUAUGGGCUAUGACCGCUACCUGGCUGUGUGUCGGCCCUUGCACUACCCACUGCUGAUGAGCCGCCGGCUUUGCUGGGCCCUGGCUGGCUCAGUGUGGACAGCUGGAUUCUUUCACUCUCUUCUCCAUGCCAUCAUGGCAUCAUGUCUCUCUUUCUGCUGUAAGCAACACCUUAGCCACUUCUUCUGUGAUGUGUCCCCACUCCUUGAGAUCUCUUGCUCUGACAUCCAGUUCAACCAAAUCCUCUUGGCUGGUGUCACUGGCUCCAUCAUCCUGGGCUGUUUGACUCUCACCAUAGUAUCCUAUGCAAUGAUCCUGAGGGCUGUUCUGGGCAUGCGCUCAGCAGAGGGGCUGCGAAAGGCCUUCUCCACCUGUGGGGCCCACCUGACUCUGGUGGCCAUCCGCUAUGGGUGCUCUGGGGCUAUGUACCUGCGGCCACGUUCCCAGAGGUCUCUGGCUACUGACAGGCUUGUGACAGUGCUGUACACGGCUGUCACACCUGUCCUUAACCCCCUCAUCUACACUCUGCGCAACAAGGAGGUCAAGGCUGCUCUGAGGCGGGUCAUAGCCAGGCGGGUGUAUGCCUAA